UGGAUCUCGCUGUGUUCCGGAUACAAACAAUAUAGAAGCCAUCACGUUUGUCUGGCGCUCGUCCUCGCAGGCGAACACCCACCACUCAAGUCCCCUAAGCCCCCGCUAACCUCGCACGCAUCUUUCACCCCAUCGUCGUCGGUCUGUCUCCUCCUGGCACACGAGCACGUUUUCUCUGCAGCAGGCAGAGAAGCAGCAAAGGAAUCGGUGUUUGGCUGCUGCUCUUUGGCUCUGAGGGAGAAGAGCACCAGAUGGCCAUUUGAAGAAAGCCUCAGUCAGGUUGCUGCUCAAUGGUCAACACUCUGGUUGCUGCAAAAUAGAGGAUUUAUCUUCAUCAUGUGAUCUGACUCCCACUCCGUCCUUUUCUUUGCUCUACCUUGAGAGCCUUUAUCAGCAGGAGGAUCAUGACCCGCCGCCUGAGCAGCUCCACUCGCUCCCCCACUGAGGACUCCAUCUUCCUAAGGCCCGACGAGGACCCUGUUUGGCUGGAUGAGCCCACAAAGACGGCAAAAAGAGUUGAUGCAGCCACAAAGACGGAAGAGUUGCUAAGGAGCAAAGAUGGAACCACAGGGGGGCAAAGUUCACAAGGAGAAGAACUUUUCUUGCACAAAGUGUAUACGUUGGUGAUUGAGUUCCAGUACUGGGCUUCUCUUUUUGUCAUCUCCCAAGUCACGGGGUACUGGAUCUUCUUUGUUGUGGAAGGAAAUGGGCCCUUUGCGUCUAUCUAUAAAGCCCUGCAGGUCAUCGACUUCUAUUUCGGGUUUGUCUUACCCUGCCACCCAAUAUUUGGAAUGGAUUCCAUGGCACUGAUGAAGGAUGUGGUCAACACAACGCAGCAAACAUGGAUCAUUUACGUCACUGCAGGCAUUGGUGUGACCAUCUGUAUUUUUAUGGUCAUCCACAUGGUGUGUAGGUGGCGUUACGGUUCUGGCUUGUGGUCACCGGUGAGCACUUCAAACGACGUUGGAGAUCGACGUCAGUCAGUGAGCCGCCAGCCCUCCUUCACCCUCUCAGAGUGGACAGAUGCCCAGGAGGACUUGAUAGAUCUAGAUGCCGUGCCUCAGACUCCUGUCUUUGAAAUGGGAAUUGACAUCAAGCCAGAGGGAGAUGCUGUAACUCUCACAGUCACGCCAGUCGGGCUUCAGGAGAGGAGGGGCUCCAAUGUUUCCUUGACCUUGGACAUGUGUACACCGGGCUGCACAGAGCCGUAUGGCUAUGGAGCCCAGCUUUCCCCGAGAGACCAGUCGGCCCAGGAGUACCUCCGGCAGGGAACACACAUCCUUACCCCUGCCAGGCUCCACACACGGGCCAUGGAUGACCAAAGCCUGCAGGCUGAGUUCUAUGAAACUCCCAUGAACUUUGUAGACCCUAAGGAGUACAACUACCCAGGGCUUGUGAGAAAGAACCGCUACAAAACCAUCUUACCCAACACACACAGCCGGGUGAUCUUAAAGUCACAAGACGAAGACGAUUUCCUCACUACUUACAUCAACGCCAAUUAUCUCAAAGGUUACGGGGGUGAAGAGCAUGCGUACAUCGCCACGCAGGGCCCGACGGUCAACACAGUUGGGGACUUCUGGAGGAUGGUGUGGCAAGAGAAGACCCCCAUCAUUGUGAUGAUCACUAACUUGGAGGAGAAAAAUGAGAAAUGUGCCGAGUACUGGCCUGAAGAUACUGUGACCCAUGAGGGUAUUGAAAUCACCGUUGUUACGGUAACACAAGAGGAUGACUACAGUCUGAGGGUCUUUACUCUCAAGUGUGGCGAUACGGAGCGAAGUCUCCGGCAGUACUGGUACACCUCGUGGCCUGACCAGAAGACUCCAGACAAAGCGCCACCUCUUUUGGAACUGGUACAGGAAGUGGAGAAAGCCAGAGAGGAGGCCCCGCCCACUAGUGGCCCUAUAAUAGUGCAUUGCAGUGCUGGAAUCGGUCGGACCGGCUGCUUCAUUGCCACCUCCAUCCUGUGCAAGCAGCUGAGGACGGAGGGCGUGGUUGAUAUUCUGGGAACCACCUGCCAACUGCGUCUGGACAGGGGUGGGAUGAUCCAGACUUGCGAGCAGUACCAGUUUGUGCAUCACGUCCUCAGCCUGUAUGAAAAGCAGCUGUCUCACCCCUCUGAAGAGUAGUGCUUGAACUCCGGCCAAGCGCACCAAGACACACCACUGUACACUGUACCGCCUUGAGCGGUAUACACCACUGUACCAAGCAGCAUCUCAUGUAUCACCCUUUCAACAAGGUUGCACAUCAUCUUCAUCCUUGACAGAUUUGUUCUGGCAGGAUUCUUGAAUAGAAACCUGUACUUAUUCACAUUGCCCUAAAAAUAAAAUUAAUGUGUAAAGUGGUACAUAAUACUAAGAAAUGUUCUCAUCUUCCUGCGAGUACUGAGGUUUUCACAUUUAUCUGCAUGACACGCCACAGACUCGUCACACACUUCUAAGUGUUUGACUGGGCUUGAUGCUUAAAGCUGAUUCCAUAUAGUUAGGGUUACAGUGCCGGUAAUUUUAAAAAGUGGGAAACUUUAUGUGGAGGGGUUAGUGGCAUCAAUGUGAAUCUACAUAAAUAAAUGGGAAUCCAUUGGAAGACUUAUUGAAAUAAAUAUUGCAUUUAAAGAGACUUCCCCCAGCCACUUGUUCCAGCUCUUCUGGGGCCGGGGGGAAUGCAGAGCUGUUCCCAGGCCAGUUAGGAGACAUGGUCUCUCCACUGUGUCCUGAGUCAUUUCAAGGGCCUCCUCCUACUGGAACAUAUCUGGAACACCUCACCAGGGAAGCAUCCGGGAGGUUUCAUAACUAGAUGCCCAACUCACCUCAUCUGGCUCCUCUCGAUGCUGAGAAGCAGGGGCUCGACUUUGAGCCCCUCCUUGUGAUCGUAGAGUGUCCGGAAAGACCGGACACUCUGUAGACAAAACCAGUUUCGGCCACUUGUAUCCAAGAUCUUGUUUUUUCUAUCAUGAGACACAGCUCGUGGCCUAUAGUUGAGGGUAAGAAAGUAGAUCAACCACUAAGUUAGGAACUUCGGCUUUCAUUGAAACUCCUUCUUCACUACUGAUGCAGAAUAUGAAGAUUGGUGCUUGAUUCAGCAAUUAGGACAACAUCAUCUGCAAAAACAGAGACAUACUAGUGAGGCCAACAAAUCCAGACCUCAGCUGCGUCUAACAAAUUCUGGCCAUUCAGGCAAUGAAGAGAAUUGGUGACAACGGGCAGCCGUGACCUUGUCGAUCUCCAACAAAUCUGACUUGCUGCCGGCAAUGCGCACCAAACUCUACAAGUGGUUGUAAAGGGACCGGACAACUGGUAAUAAGGGGUCCAGUACUCGAUAGUCCUGGGCACCCUCCACAGGACCCCCGGAGGGACACGGUUGAAAACCUUCUCCCAAGUCCACAAAACACAUGUAGACUGGCUGGGACGAAACCCCACCCGCUCUCAAGGACUCUACCAUGGGUGUCAAGCUGCUAAACUGUUCCAAGGCCAUGACGAAAACCCACAUUGCUCCUCCUGAUUCUUCUGAGAUUCAACUUCCCAAAGGACCCUCCUCUCAACACCUAUUAAUAGACCUUACCACGGGGAGGUUAGGGGUGUAAUCACCCCAUAGUUAGAACACAUCCUCUGAUCCCCCCCUUCUGAAAAUUCAGAGCCACUGUCCCAAUGUCCACAGGCAUGUCAACCAGGACAGCCCCCCCACACACACACACAUCUAGAGGCUUUAGGAUCUAAUCCACGCCGGUGGGCUCUACCAUAAUGGAGCUUCUUAAGCAGCUCGGUGCCUUCAACCCCUGAGAUAGGAGAUCCCACUUCAGAGUCGCCAGACUUUGCUUCCACAAAAUGAAGUAAUGUCAGUGGAGUUGAGGUCAUCAAAGUAUUCUCCCUGCCAGUCGCAACAACAGCACCCCGUUCCCACUAUUCAGUGUUGAUGGUGCACAGCUUCCCAAUCCUAAAACGUCAGAUGAUGGACCGUAGUUUCUUCGAACUUCUCCCAAUGUCGAUCUCUAUAGCCUCACAGCUGCUCUGCACCUCUCACCAUUCUGUGUGAAACCAGAUUGGAUAAAAUACAAAUCAUAAAAUAUUUAAAGACCAACUUACAUUUUUUUAGAAUUUAUUUUACUGCUUAUCCACUUAUGACAAUAGAACAUGUUUUUUCAUAGUGAUAACAUAGUUUUUAUGACUUUCCUAAAAAUUGCUAAUAUUACUCCCAUGAAGUAUCCAACUGAAUAUUUCCAGAAGUCAUCGCUGGACUUCCAACUCACAUUUAGUUAAAGUUUACAUACAUUUAC